UAUCAACUUACGUACUUCGUACUAGAACCAAUACACUGUGUUUGUCCCGUCUUACGGUUCUACUCCGUACUGUGAAGGCCUUCCGGUAACGUACCGUUUUCGCCGCUUGCAUCACCCGGAGAACGUCAUCUGUUGAUGGCUAUGCAGGCCGAUUUGCCCUUCACGGCCUGUCGCACGACCGGUUCCCCAAAAAAUGGGAUUCGAGCCAGAGGAUGUGGCGCUCGACGCAAGUCCGUUCAUUGUUCUCGGGGACAGCGAGUCCAGUCAUGAGACAGCAUGUUGGCGGCCGCUGUUUCGACAUCAGUGCUCAUUCAACGCUGAGGUUUUCAACGAUGUCUUGGUCAACCUGAUUCAGAAUCCAAACAUCAACUCCUCGUGGCUCUUUCGCGCGGAUAUCCUUUAUGACUCGGUCGAACCAUUGGCUGCCUUAGCGGUCCCGGAAGUCGAGCACGCCCACAUCCCUUUAUUCCUCGGGUUCGAGCUCCGGCGAUGCAUUGUGCGAAGGCUUAUUCCCAGGAAUACGCUGAGGGACAAACCCAUGGAUCAGACAUGCCUCAUUUACAGAACAGCUUCUUACCAAGAGGAUGAUGCUGUUACCGCGGUAGAGAAGACCCUCGUGGUAUAUCUGCCCCAUAUCUCCACCCCCUCCGAGAUGCCUUUCUAUCACCCCGUAGUCCGGGGAAUAGCCUUUCUCCACGAGUGGACAGCAGCCGCGGAAUCUCGCGGGUCCAUCUCCAUCUCCUACCUCUUCUUCAGCGAGGAGGACCGUUCUUCUGUCAGGCUUGUACGGACUGCCCUGCGCCUGCUCGAGGUCAUCCACAAGCACGGCAAGGGCCGGCUAGAGGGAUACCAGAAGCGGGUGCAUCACGACCGAUUGGUUCCUCAGGCGCGGGUGCAAAACACCUAUACCCGGCUCAAGCAGAAGUACGCACGAAGUCUCAUCAAAAGCUGGGCCGAGACAACCGAUCCCGCGAAACAUGUCUUUGAGGAUCUCUGCAUCGCAGCGUUCCUGCUUGAACUAUGGCUUGACACGUACGGCCAAGGCACGUUCCCAGGUUUUGUGGACAUUGGGUGUGGCAACGGUCUUCUUGUCUACAUCCUCAACCAGGAAGGUUUCGCAGGAUGGGGAUUCGAUGCGCGCUCGCGCAAGUCAUGGGCUGCAUACAACACCAAGAUGAAGACGCCCGCAGGUGAACAGGACACGCUUCAGCAGCUUGUCUUGCUUCCGCCACCGGUCAGCCGAGACGGGCUUGCUGGCCUGUCGGGUGAUACCUUCAAUGACAAGCUCAUCCACAACGGCCGUUUUCCCGAGGGCACCUUUAUCAUCUCAAACCAUGCUGAUGAACUCACCCCCUGGACCCCCAUCAUUGCUGCUCUCUCCGAGUGCCCCUUCAUUGCCAUUCCCUGCUGCAGCCAUAAUCUGGCUGGAGAGCGGUUCCGGGCGCCCGCCCCGAAAGACAAAACCACAGCGGACUCGGCAUACUCGUCACUGGUUGUGUGGGUCUCGAAUAUUGCAACAGACUGCGGCUGGGAGGUUGAGCAGGAGAUGCUGCGUAUCCCGAGCACGCGCAAUACGGCAUUGGUCGGGCGUAAGCGGUCUACCCAGAGUCCGACCUUAGACAUCCAAGCCAUUGUCGACAAAUAUGGAGGCACCGCAGGCUACCUGGAGAGCGUGGUCAAGUUGGUCACGUCUACAGCAUCGGCGAGCGAACACUGAGAGCAUAUGGCAAAAGGGAAAGCAACGACAACGCUGGGCUGCGGGCCGCUUUUGGAUUAUUUCUUAACGCUCAAUCUAAAUCAGGCACUGGGAGAUGG